AUGGGUGUCACCGGACUUUGGACAGUGGUGGCUCCAACAGCGCGCCCAACUCAGCUUGCCUCUUUAAACCGAAAACGUCUCGCGAUCGACGCCUCAAUAUGGAUAUACCAGUUCCUAAAAGCAGUCCGAGAUAAGGAAGGGAAUGCUCUGCGCAACAGCCAUGUGGUUGGGUUCUUCAGACGGAUAUGCAAACUCCUGUACUAUGGCAUCAAACCCGUCUUUGUGUUUGAUGGCGGGGCCCCCAUUCUGAAGCGCGAAACGUUACGAAACCGAGCGAGGAGACGGGAAGGGAGAAGAGAGGAUGCCGCACGCACGGCGGGAAAAUUACUAGCGGUUCAGGUCGCACGGGCAGCAGAAGAGGAAGAGAAGAGGCGGCAAUCUGCAAGAGAACGCACACCUCAGGAAGAAGAGCUGCCACCUGAUCAGGAGCUUGUCUAUGUCGAGGAAAUCGGACUGACGGCUACAGAAAGGCAAGCAGGGAGGGGAUUCAAGCGGAAAGAUCAAUACCACUUGCCGGAUCUUGAUGUCAGUAUCGAGACCAUGGGUGCUCCCAAUGACCCACGUAUCAUGUCACAGGCGGAGCUCGAAGACUAUGCACGACAAUUCCAUAGUGGAGAGGACAUAAACGUCUACGACUUCAGCAAGAUUGACUUCGAGAGUCCUUUCUUCCUGUCUUUACCAGCAGGUGAUCGAUAUAACAUUCUCAACGCAGCACGCCUGAGGUCACGACUGAGGAUGGGGUAUUCGAAGGAACAGCUUGACGGCAUGUUUCCAGAUCGCAUGGCUUUCUCUAAGUUCCAAAUUGAGCGAGUCAAGGAGAGGAAUGAGCUGACUCAGAGACUCAUGCACAUCAAUGGCAUGGCGGAAGACUUUUUGAAUCAGGGCGGCAGGAUCGCGGGUGAGAAGGGGAAAGAGUAUAUCUUGGUCAAAAAUGAGGGAGUCGAUGGUGGUUGGGCGCUUGGUGUUGUGUCUAACAAGAAGGGCAAUCACAAAGACAAUGCGAUCGAUCUAGAGGAGGAAGGCCACUCCGAUGAAGUGCCCGAAGAUUCAGAGGAAGAGGAAGAGUUUGAGGACAUUGCCAUCGAAGGUCUCAAUCGAUUGCCGAAGAAUUUACAGCGGAAGCGCAAGGCUGUGGACUACGACAUGUCGUUUGAAGAGGCUGCAGAGGAGAUAGCACGAAAACGAAGAGCUGUGUACGAGGCACGAAAAGACGCCGCAGCGUCUCGACCAGCAGUGCACCAUACACCCAAACCAACUGCCGUCAAACCAACAACGGUAGCUGGAGAGUCAUUGUUUGUACCUCAGGAGGGUCCUGGAAAUGAGGAGGAUGACAAUUUGUUUGAAGAUGUUCUUCCGCUUCCAGUUGAAUCUGAAGAAGAGGCUGAUGAUCUGCAACGCGCGAUUGCGAUGUCUCUGGAACAUCCGGAGCACGAGGAACCUGCCGGUGGAUUCCUGUCGGAGAAUGUUCCGAGUGCACCAGCACCAAACAUUGGGGGCGAUGAAGACGAUGGUUUCGACCUACAGGCUGCGCUUGCAGAAUCAAGGCGAUCAAAGCAUACCACGAAGGCUGAUGUGCGGAACCAAAGUCCAAAACAGAAAGCAGUCCUUCUAGCUCCCAAGUUUGAUGGGCCCUUGCCGUUUGAGUCUUUGAACCUUGGACAAUCACUUCUAGGCAGGAAAAAGUCCAGGAAGAUAGAAGAAGAUUUGUCAGGGGGAUUCGAUCGAGAUCUCGGUGAUGAUAUGUACCGCAAAGAGAGACCUCCACAGCCGAUGCCGGAUUGGUUCAAUGCCGCUCCAACAACGAAAGACUUGAAGCCCGCCACAAUGGUGGAUGAGGCCGAUGACGACCGUCAAAUCUAUUAUGGUCGAGAAGAUAUGGACAGGCUAGAUACAAUUAGACGUCAUGACUCGCAUGAGGUUGUUGAUCUGGAGGCGGAAAAUAAUGAGGGUACAAGUCAGGCUCCGAUCAAUUUAGACCAAGACGUCGAGAUUGAUGUCCAGGAUGAUUCUCAAGAACUGACUCAGCUAUCUCAAGCUGCCAACACAGAAGAUCUCCUCCUUACCCAAGUAGAGGAGCUUCCUAACCCGAACCACGACUCUGAGGAUGCAGAGCGACGCAAAAGAGACGAAGAACGCGAGCAGCGAUAUCAAUUGGGACGAGACAUCGCAGCGGAGAAUGAGUCGCAAGAGGUUUCGAUGUCUGAGGUCGCAGAAAUGGCCAAGGCUGAGCCACCGAAGCCAACGAAUAUCGCAAACUUCGUGCCUGGAGCAGCCUCAUUGUCAAUUAACGAUGAGGCGCCAGAGACUCCCGAGAGCGAGAUUGAUGAAAUUGAAUGGAGCGAAUCUGAGCACGGUGAUCUUGGAAGUCCUGGCUCACUUGGCACAGUUGCCGUCGAUCCACUGACGAAUCCUGUACAAUUGAGGCCGGAGGUCACCCAGGAAGGCGAUGAUGGAGAUGAAGUUUUCGAAGGUUUAGAUGUCCAGCGGGCCCCAACGUUAAGGCAGAGGGACAUCUAUAUGAACAGCGAGAGCCCGCAAGCGGACAGCCUGGAUGAUGCCGGUACCAAAUUUCCUUCCGCUAUUGUAGAGGACGACCAACUGCCUGGAGCCCUUUCAGCUAAAAAAGGCGAGUCUUCCGUCAAGGGAGAUGAGUUCGAGUUCGAUUACAUGUCCGAGUCUGAAGAAGAAUUGGUCCGACAACUCGAAAUUGAAGCAAAUGAACACGCAAGAUUCGCAUCAGCGAUUAACAACCAGAAGACGCCUGCAAAUGACGUGCGGGACUACGAGAUGGAGCUGAAGCAACUACGGUCUCAGCAGAAGAAAGAUCGACGCGACGCCGACGAGGUCACACAGGUCAUGGUCCAGGAGUGUCAGGCUUUGCUGCGACACUUUGGACUUCCCUACAUCACGGCGCCCAUGGAGGCUGAGGCACAAUGUGCAGAAUUAGUGAAUCUAGGUCUCGUGGAUGGCAUCGUGACUGAUGACUCGGAUAUCUUUCUCUUCGGUGGCACAAGAGUCUACAAAAACAUGUUUAAUGCUGCCAAGUUUGUCGAAUGCUACCUCGCCAAUGAACUCGAGAAGGAGUUCUCGCUGGAUCGGAGACGCUUAAUCCGCUUCGCACACCUCCUGGGCAGUGAUUACACCGAAGGUAUCCCUGGAGUUGGGCCUGUGACUGCGCUCGAAAUAUUGACAGAUUUUGAGACCCUGACAGACUUCAAAGAGUGGUGUGGCAAAGUCCAACUCGGUCGUCCGAAGGAUCUUGAAGACCAAUUGACAACACCAUUUCGGCGCAAGUUUCGUAAUACCGUCCAAAAACGCCUCUUCUUACCUCCUGGCUUUCCAGACAUGCGUGUCGAUGAAGCAUACUUGAACCCGGACGUCGAUUCUAAUACGGAGCCGUUCCAGUGGGGUGUGCCGGACUUGGAUAAACUGAGGGGCUUCCUCAUGGCCACUGUCGGUUGGAACCAAGAGCGCACGGACGAAGUGCUCGUCCCGGUGAUUAGGGACAUGAACAAGAGGGAGGCGGAGGGCACGCAGAGUAACAUUACAAGAUUCUUUUCUGGUGGUGUUGGCGUCGGUGGCAGAGGUAUUGGAGGGAGAAACUCCGGUUUGGCAAUUGGAGGCGAGAGCAUUCCCGCUCCUGGCGGAACGCUCCAAGAACCGACCGCGCCGCGGAACCGCACAGGCAAGGAAUCAGGUCGUAUGAGAAACGCAUUCAAGAGGCUACGAGGCCAGGCGGAGAGAAGACGAAAGGGCCUUGACGAGGCAGACGACGACAAUGAAGCAGAUGAAGUUGAAGGUUUAGCUGAACCCGCAUUCGUGGAGAAUUUGCUUGAUGGAGAUGGUCCACAUCCCGUUGAGACCAAUGACGAGCGUGGAACGGCAAAGCAGAGAUCCAGGCCGAAACGAAAUGGACGGGCGACCCCUCGGACAGAUGCGUGGGGCAGCAACGAUGAUGACAAUCACGAUUCCCUUGCAGACGGCGAGCACGGUUCUUUCAACAGUGACGACGAUAACGUCGAGACUGAAGGCAACGACAAGGCUAGUGCCCCUAAACUUCAAAGGAAGCGCAACUCGAGGAAGGCUUCUAGUGGGAGGAGGAGAAAAGCGAAACCAUGA